AUGCAGCGGGACGCACCGCCCCGAGCCCCAGCCCCGGCGCCUCGGCUCCCCGCGCCCCCGAUCGGGGUCGCCACCAGCAGUGGCGGCGGCGGAGGCGGGGGCAGCGGUGGCGGCGGAGGCGCCUCUGCAGCUCCGGUGCCUCCUGGCCUCCCGGGAACUACAAGUCCCAGGGGGCCUGGCGGCGGCCGACGAACGGAAGAGGUGGGGUCGGCGCCGCGAGGCCGGAAGUGGCCGUGGAGGCGGAAGUGGCGCGGCCGCGGAGGGGCCUGGAGCACGGCGGCGGGACCCGGUGCGGGAGCGGCGGCGGCUGCGGCGGCUGGGGGCGGCGGUGGCGCAUUGGAGGCGGCCAUGGCAAAGCAAUACGACUCAGUGGAGUGCCCCUUUUGUGAUGAGGUGACCAAAUACGAGAAGCUCACUAAGAUCGGCCAAGGCACUUUUGGGGAGGUGUUUAAGGCAAAGCAUCGCUUGACCGGCCAAAAGGUGGCUCUGAAGAAAGUACUGAUGGAGAAUGAGAAGGAGGGGUUCCCCAUCACAGCCUUGCGGGAAAUCAAGAUCCUCCAGCUCCUCAAACACGAGAAUGUGGUCAACCUGAUUGAGAUCUGUCGAACCAAAGCUUCCCCCUAUAACCGCUGCAAAGGCAGUAUAUACCUGGUGUUCGACUUCUGCGAGCAUGACCUUGCUGGGCUGCUGAGCAACGUGUUAGUCAAGUUCACCCUGUCCGAGAUCAAGAAGGUCAUGCAGAUGCUGCUCAAUGGCCUCUACUACAUCCACAGGAACAAGAUCCUGCACAGGGACAUGAAGGCGGCCAACGUGCUCAUCACCCGAGACGGGGUCCUGAAACUGGCAGACUUCGGGCUGGCCAGGGCCUUCAGUCUGGCCAAGAACAGCCAGCCCAACCGCUAUACCAACCGUGUGGUGACACUCUGGUACCGGCCCCCGGAGCUGUUGCUCGGGGAGCGGGACUACGGCCCCCCCAUUGACCUGUGGGGUGCCGGGUGCAUCAUGGCGGAGAUGUGGACCCGCAGCCCUAUCAUGCAGGGCAACACGGAGCAGCACCAGCUCGCCCUCAUCAGCCAGCUCUGCGGCUCCAUCACCCCCGAGGUGUGGCCCAACGUGGACAAGUACGAGCUGUUUGAGAAACUGGAGCUAGUGAAGGGCCAGAAGCGGAAGGUGAAGGACCGGCUGAAGGCCUACGUGCGCGACCCCUACGCCCUGGACCUCAUCGACAAGCUGCUGGUGCUGGACCCCGCGCAGCGCAUCGACAGCGACGACGCCCUCAACCAUGACUUCUUCUGGUCCGACCCCAUGCCCUCGGACCUCAAGGGCAUGCUCUCCACCCACCUGACCUCCAUGUUCGAGUACCUGGCGCCGCCGCGCCGGAAGGGCAGCCAGAUCACCCAGCCUCCCACCAACCAGAGCCGCAACCCCACCAACACCAACCAGACGGAGUUCGAGCGCGUCUUCUGA